GCUGGGCGCUGAGGUGCUAGAGGAGGGGCGGGCCCGGUGCGCGGCCGUUAGUGAACAGCCGUUAGCAGUCCUGUUCUACCAACGGUCGGCGUCGCCGCCGUUCCCGAGGGUUACGGUCCGCGGGACCCGCCUCGGUUUGCGCGCUCGCCCCCUUCGCCGGCGCAGUCAUCGCGCGGGGCGGCCGCCCGGAGGUGGCUACCACGGCCUGUGUCAACGACUAAAGCUCCGGGACAGCGGCGCCCUCAGCAACAGCUGAGAGGGCGACCCCGGCCGGGAGCGGCGGCCGGUGAGCUACCCCGAGGAGGAGCGGCGAGGCGACCUCGGCCCGGCCCCGCACCAGCCGCCCAGCAGGCGCGACAUGAGCCUGAUCUGGUAUCCGCCGGAUGGUCCUUGAGCCCCUUUUCUGGCUGUUACCUCCGGGGGAAGGUUGCGGCCACACUGACACGUAUUUUCCAGAUAAAUCAUUCUUGCGGCGGCGGGGCCGAACACGUUUCUUUAUUUUUUAUUUUCUCAACAAGCAUUUACCCAGCACCUGUCCAGUGAAAACUUGAUAAGCGUUUCGGGGAGCCUCCGCCGAGUUAGGAGGCCACGGCCUGGCAGCUCGUGGAAGCCGCAUUUGCAACGCCCCCCUCGGAGGUUCUGAAGAUCGUGGCGUCUUGUAACUAGCCGUGUGUGCACAGAAUCCUACUCAAGGAACGUCUUGGCCCAGCGAUGCAAAGAACUGAAGUUCCAAGCUGGAAGAGCCUGUGUUGUCUUCACAAUAGUAUAGAAGAAUUCAAGAUAGGAGAGAGAGACAGCAGCGAAUGAAGACUGUAAAAGAAAAGAAGGAAUGCAAAAGAUUGAGAAAAUCUGCCAAGACUAGGAAGGUAACCCAGAGGAAACCGUCUUCAGGGCCUGUUUGCUGGCUAUGCCUUCAAGAACCUGGGGAUCCCGAAAAAUUAGGGGAAUUUCUUCAGAAAGACAGUAUCAGCGUCCAUUAUUUCUGUCUUAUCUUAUCUAGCAAGCUGCCUCAGAGGGGCCAUUCCAACAGAGGUUUCCAUGGAUUCCUUCCUGAAGACAUCAAAAAGGAGGUAGCCCGGGCAUCUAGGAAGAACUGCUUUGUGUGCAAGAAAAAGGGAGCUGCUAUCAACUGCCAGAAGGAUCAGUGCAUCAGAAACUUCCAUCUGCCUUGUGGCCAAGAAAGGGGUUGCCUUUCACAAUUUUUUGGAGAGUACAAAUCAUUUUGUGAAAAACAUCGCCCAACACAGAACAUCCAACAGGGGAAUGUAGGGGAGGAAAGCUGCAUCUUGUGUUGUGAAGACUUAUCCCAACAGAGUAUUGAGAACAUCCAGAGCCCAUGUUGUAGUCAAGCCAUCUACCACCGCAAGUGCAUACAGAAAUAUGCCCACACAUCAGCAAAGCAUUUCUUCAAAUGUCCACAGUGUAACAAUCGAAAAGAGUUUCCUCAAGAAAUGCUGAGAAUGGGAAUUCAUAUUCCAGACAGAGAUGCUGCCUGGGAACUUGAGCCAGGGGCUUUCUCAGAGUUAUAUCAGCGCUAUCAGCACUGUGAUGCCCCCAUCUGUCUGUAUGAACAAGGCAGAGACAGCUUUGAGGAUGAAGGGAGGUGGUGCCUCAUUCUGUGUGCUACAUGUGGAUCCCACGGAACCCACAGGGACUGCUCCUCUCUUAGAUCCAACAGUAAGACAUGGGAGUGUGAGGAGUGUUCACCUUCUGCUUCAGCCACAGACUACAUACCUGAAAACUCAGGGGAAUGCUGCAGCAGCACCUUCCACCCUGAGGAACAUUUCUGCAGAGACAACAGCCUGGAAGAAAACCCAGGUCUUUCUUGGACUGAUUGGCCAGAACCUUCCUUAUUAGAAAAGCCAGAGUCUUCUCAUGGCAGUAGGAGCCGCUCCUGGAAGUCCAAAGGUGUCAGAAUCACUAACAGCUGCAAAAAAUCCCAGUAACAUGUUCUGAGUAGCUGCUAUCCUGCACAAUAGGGUAUGAAGCUGUGCUCCUCCAUCUGGUUUGGGGAGGGAGACUGUGAGACAAGGAAGCCAGGCCAGCAGUGAGACUAUGAGCCAAGAAAAGAGAAAUCUCAGGGGAGCGUGAGGAGGGAACAGUCCAGAUGCCAACAAGGAAACGCGUUAUGGCUACAAGAGUGCCUCUGCUCUUCCUCCUGGAUUUCCAGAGGGUCCUUUCUCCUCCUCUCCCACCAAAAUUCUUCCACCUUAAUCUGAUUCUCAUAUGCCUCUUGUUACUUCACCCACGUUUGUUGUUAUGCAAAUAAAGGUUUUCUCUCCA